AAACAAUUUUCUUCAACUACUGUUUCCCAUUCUAAGAGGUACGUAAAUAGAUCCAGCUCUUGGCUACCCUUUACUGUCAGUAGCAAACUGAAGUCAUCUCAAGAUGGAAGGCCUCCAGAUGGUUGCAUUCUUAGCUUUGUUCUUGGUAACAUCAACCGUUUUGGCGAUCAACAACGAUCCGGAAUUCGCCAAACGGAAGCUGGACUACAAGCGGAAAUGUGCCAAAGUUCUGUCGACUCCGAAGGAAGACUUUAAGAAGUACCUUCGCUCCCAAUACUCGGAUGAUCAUGACUCGUUCUGCUUCUUCCGGUGCGUGAUGAUCAUGGACGGGAGCUACGACGACGAGGCGGGUCCGAUUUUCGAUAAAAUGUUCGGCUACAUUGGCGACGGGAUGAGUCGGGAAGAGUUCCAGACCUAUUACGGAAGCUGCUGGAACGAGGGCAACGAACUUCACGGGGGACGUACCGAGCCCUGUAUCUGCUGGAAGGCCUACCGGAAGCACCAGUGCCUUUAUCAGAAGUUUCUCGAUCGACAGAUGGCCAAGGGGGGGAAUUGAAUACAGUUUUUGAACUGAGAGAUUUUCGUUUUGAUCUUUUUGAUACCUAGACUUUUGCUCAAUUUUGUCUGGAUUUUUUUUUCACAAUCUUAUUCUGUUCGAAACUGCUAAAUAAAUCGAAACCAAGUUAGGGUAAAUGUACCCGACCUUGGCACCUAA